GUUACAAACCCCCAUACCCUCCAAUCACAUCUCACCGCCUUUAACCUCUCCUCCUUUUCUUCUUCCUACCCUCUCUCUCUCUCUCUCCCUCUCUCUCUGUAUCUUCAAUGAUUUUAGCAAUACUUGAUUCGCUCCUUGUAGCUUGGUAGCUUACUUUUCAGCUUAAUCUAUACAUAUACACGGGACAUAAAUGUUGCUGCUGUAGAUCUUUGGUUGAUCAUUUCAGAUACUUGUCUUUUUUAAUUUCUUUUUUCUUGCUUGCUCGGUCCUCAAGGAGAAAAAGGAAGAAAGAAGAGAUUUUUUUUUUUUUUUUCAGGUUAUGUCACUGUUUCCUUUCCUCAGACUGCCAGCUAUUCUCAUCUGUUUUUCCAAUUUAGUGUUCCAUUUUCAGCCUUUUGGGUUUCUGUUUGUUCUUGGGACUUUCCAUUUUAAGCCCUUUUUGGGUUUCAGGUCUCUGCUUCCUGUUCCUUUUCCAAAUCGGGUCACUGAAAAAAAGGGUUACAGGUCUUCUGCAUGGCUUCUGUUUGUUUCCCGAGAAAAUCAAUUGGGUGUAGAUCUCUAUUAGUGUAAUUUUUCAUUUAUUUUAGUUAAUUAAAUUUGGAAAAUUUUCCUUUUUUUUUUUUGGUGGGUCUUCCUAGAUUCCUUUAAUUAUGUCUAUGCACAUAAAUAAAGCUAUUCUUAUUCCUUUCAAAUGCGUCUUGAUUUAACAUUGAUAAAUUUUUUCUUUCUUCUGAUACCCCAUUUAUCUUUCUCUCUUGCUCUGUUCUUCCCCUUUUCUCCAACCCCACUUCUGGCUCCCCCAAAUCUGAAAAACAAACAAAAUCCUCAUCUGGGUACCCUUGAAUUCUCUCCACUUCAUCCCCAUGUCCACGUAACUUCCCCGAGAAACUCAAAGUAAUGAAGUAUGAAAUGGAAAUUCUUUCACCAACUUCAUAUCUUUCCAGCUCAAGUUGGCUUCUUGAAGAGAGCAAGAACCCAACAAAAUGGACUCCUGAAGAGAACAAGAUGUUUGAAAAUGCUUUAGCAGUUUACGAUAAGGAUACUCCAGACCGGUGGCACAAAGUUGCAGCAAUGAUUCCGGGAAAAACUGUAGGAGAUGUGAUCAGACAGUACAGAGAACUAGAAGUAGAUGUGAGUAAUAUUGAAGCUGGGUUGAUCCCCAUUCCAGGUUACAGUACUUCUCCAUUCACAUUGGAGUGGGUUAAUAAUGGCUACGAUGGGUUUAAGCAGAGUUAUGGGGUUAAUGGGAAGAGAUCUUCAUCAGCUAGGCCUUCUGAACAGGAGAGGAAGAAAGGCGUGCCAUGGACUGAGGAGGAGCACAAGCUAUUUCUGAUGGGUUUGAAGAAGUAUGGGAAAGGGGAUUGGAGAAACAUCUCUAGGAAUUUUGUGAUCACUAGAACACCAACGCAGGUUGCAAGCCAUGCUCAAAAAUAUUUCAUAAGGCAACUUUCAGGAGGAAAAGACAAGAGGAGAGCCAGCAUUCAUGACAUAACAACGGUCAAUCUCGACGACAUGAGAACUCCAUCUCCGGAAAAUAAGAGACCAGCUACACCAGACCAAGCUGUAGUAUUUUCCGGGCAGCCUAAUUCCGGUAACAACUUAGCAAGAACACAUUUUUCUUGGAGUCAAACAGGCAGCAAUGGAGCCAACACUAUGAACUACAAUUCUUCAAUGCAGGCUAAUAAUAGUAAUAACAAUAAGAUGGUCAUACCCUCAAAUUCUCCCUAUGGAAUUCACUCUCAUGGGCUUAAAAUACAUGGCCAGAAUCUUCACAGUAGAGGUCCUGCUCAUUAUGAUUCUUACUAUGGACCUCAAAAUCUGAUUUUCCACAUGAAUUCUGGUCAGCACUAUUCCCAUUGAUGAUAUAAACAUGUCAUAUAUUUUUUUAUUUGGAAUUCUCAAAUUACCCAUUACGAAAUUAUCAUGUUGUUGUGUAUUUUCUUUUUUCCUUCUUGGGUUUAUGUGAAUAUGUUAUCAAGAACUUGAAUUUCAAAUUCCCUGAGAUGAAACUUUCAGAGGGAAGAUUCUCAAUUGUUCUAAAAUUCUAUUGAAUUAUGCGUAAGAAGGCGGUGGAGAGUUUAUCCA